UGUAUAUUCAACUUAUCCUAAACUGCUAUACAUCUAAGAUUGCUACUUAACUAUUAAUCCAUGAUCCAUGAUGAUAAUUUAGCGGUACAUAUAAAUCAAGUUAGAUGAAAUCAUUCAUAGAUGACAAAUUUUAUGUUUUCUAAAAUAAGAUUCGUUCAAAAUCUUCGAUGAAUAGGUUGAUUGUAAUCCAUACGAUGAAAAGAGGGGAUGGAAGAAAAAAAGGAAAAGAAUUUAAUGAUAGCACAAAGAAAAUUCAUCACUCUUUUUCUGCGCAUUUACGUACUAGUACUAAAGUGGCAACCUAAUUUCUAGCAGUUUCUUAAGAGGAGCUUUUACUAUUGGUGGAAAUGGCGGAAUAACAAGUCGCGUCGUUCAUAACGUCCUUCAAACGUUCCUAUCGAUUCUGAGAAUACACGGAGCGUAUAAUACGGAGUUCACUGUCGAAACAUGCUAGUUCGUCGGUAACGGUGCUUGACCGUUGUUGUUCAGUGAAUAGUGUAACAUUCAUUAUUAUCAAGAGAAAAAGCUAUCUUACAAUUUUUUUUUCCUUUCACUAACACCUUCAGUUAAAACACUAAAAUUUUUAAGAAAAAUGUCAGAUAACGAGAAUAAAUCAUGGUGUCAUUCACGUCAAAAUUGUGUCGUGCAACCACUUUUAACAGAUUUGUACCAAAUUACAAUGGCAUACGCUUAUUGGAAAAGUCAAAAAAUGAAUGAUCAUGCUGUGUUUGAUUUAUAUUUUCGCAAAAAUCCUUUCCAAGGUGAAUUCACAAUCUUUGCUGGACUAGAAGAAUGUAUGAAAUUUUUAGAAAAAUUUCGUUAUUCCGCUAGUGACAUUAAGUACUUGAAGUCAACAAUGCCAUCGUCAGUUGAUCAAAAAUUUUUUGAAUAUUUGAAAGACCUGACCCCAAAAGAUGUAACAAUAUAUGCUAUGGAAGAAGGUUCAGUUGUUUUUCCAAGAAUACCAUUACUAAGAGUAGAAGGUCCAUUAAUAAUGGUACAACUUUUGGAAACAACACUGUUGACAUUAGUUAACUAUGCAAGCUUAAUGGCAACUAAUGCAGCCAGAUAUCGUAUGGUUGCUGGGAAAAAUAUAACAUUGCUAGAAUUUGGUCUUCGAAGAGCUCAGGGUCCUGAUGGUGGUUUAAGUGCCUCUAAAUAUAGUUAUAUUGGUGGUUUUGAUGGUACAAGUAAUGUUUUAGCAGGAAAACUUUAUAAUAUUCCUGUAAGUGGAACACAUGCACAUUCAUAUAUUACAUCUUUCACCGGCAUUGAUGAUUUGCAAGAAAAGACUUUGGCACAUAAAGGAACAGGACAAGUUUAUGACCUUUUAGAAUUGGCUUACAAACAUCGGAAUUCUAUUGCAGCUGAUGUAGGAACAUUAGUUUCUGAAGCUUCUAGUGGAGAAUUAGCAGCUUUAAUUAGUUAUGCCAUUGCUUACCCUCAACGAUUUGUUGCUCUUGUAGAUACAUAUGAUGUGAAAAGCAUCGAAUCCUCGGCCAAGAGACAGGCAUGCAUAGCCAGCCUAAAUGUAAAGAAUAAACGUCUAACAAACGGGUCCAAUACACAUGCCCAAAAUGGUGUCAGAAACAAUCCAAUUAUAUCAGAAUCGGCUUCUCAUGACAAGAAUGGCUUAUUAAGUCAAGGCGAAUUGGGUGAGCUCUAUGUGAGGAGUGGUCUUCUAAAUUUUUGUGCAGUGGCACUAGCUUUAAAUGACUUGGGUUAUAAAGCAGUUGGUAUAAGAAUUGAUAGCGGUGAUUUAGCGUAUUUAAGUAAUACGGCGAGAAAUAUUUUCGAAAGAAUUGCCAUCAAAUACAAUAUACCUUGGUUUGCAAAAUUAACAAUCUGUGCGUCAAAUGAUAUUAACGAGGAGACUAUUCUGAGUUUAAAUGAGCAGAAUCAUAAGAUCGAUUGCUUUGGAAUUGGGACACAUUUGGUAACAUGUCAAAGACAACCAGCAUUAGGUUGCGUUUAUAAAAUGGUUGAAAUUAAUGGCCAACCUAGAAUUAAACUUAGUCAGGAAGUUGGUAAAGUAACAAUACCAGGAAAGAAAGAUGCAUUCAGAUUAUACGGAGCGGAUGGAUAUGCUUUGAUCGAUCUGUUACAAAGAUCAACAGAAGAAGUUCCACAAGUGAAACAUAAAGUUCUUUGUAGGCAUCCUUUCCAAGAAUCAAAAAGAGCUUAUGUUAUUCCAUCGCGAGUGGAAUCAUUGCAUAAGGUAUACUGGAAAAAUGGUAAAUUAUGCCAACCUUUGCCUACAUUACAAGAAAUACGAAAUAGAGUUCAAGAGUCACUAAAAACACUCAGAAAUGAUCACAAAAGAAAUUUAAAUCCUACACCAUAUAAAGUGGCUGUUAGUGAUGAUUUAUAUAAUUUCAUACAUGAUUUGUGGUUACAAAAUGCACCCAUUGGUGAACUUUCGUGAUUUGUAAAUACCAUUAAAUAAUAUCAUUAUCAAAAAACAAUGAAUGAAGACCACAUACUUACUGAAAUGGUCUAUCAACACAUCAAGUUGGAGGUUCAGGUUCUAGUUGUACAAGCAUUUUACUAUAGUAGUAUAUUUUGAUAACUUAUAAAAAUCAUAAUAUGUUCAUAUUAUGUUCUAUAAGUACAAGAUAAAUUUUCUUUAGGAAACAGAAUUUUAGAUUACAUGAUAAAAUGGAUGAUAGUGUAGAACUAUACACUCUAAGCUACUUUUGACGUUUAAGAUGAUACGAAAUGAGUGAACUUGAAUUAACGAUGCACAAUUUAUAAAGUAUUUUACAUGUAAACAAAGAAGAUUGAAUGUAUUGUAUAUAAUAGAACAAAAAUUAUAAAAUCGGUAAUGUAAAUUAAAUGUAAAUAAUCGUCGAUA